CGGAGACGACGAAGUUCGUUUCCGCGAGGAAAUGACUCAGCCAGGGGAACGCUCUUCUGGCUUAUCCGUUACAGACAUCGAAAUCCUAACCUUACAAAGGGCGUUCGAUCUGCCACCAAGGUCUGUGGGAGCCAGCUUGAUCGACGGCUUCUUCAAGUAUUGCUCUCCCUGGACGCCCAUUGUCGAUAAAUCGCUUGUGGAUGACCUUCAAAGCAAUGGCUCAUCCCCGUUGCUGCUGAAUGCUGUAUUCCUUGCUGGUAGUCGUGUGUCAUCAAACAGCCUCGUCGCUGCAGCAGCUGAAGAUUUCUAUCGCAAAGCUAAGCUAUUGUUCAUGCUCGGUCACGGGAGAGACUUACUACGGUCAAUCAUGGCUGUGACAUUACUUCAAUGGUUCAACCCCUUGGGUCCAGAGCACAUGUCCACGAGUACGAGUGGAUUCUGGGUCCGGAUCGCAGCUGGAUUGGCAUAUCAGGUCGGGCUGCAUAAGGAGCCGAGCAAGCAACAGGACAAAGGACUUCGACGCAGGAUGUGGUGGACAUUCGUGGAUUUUCCAGCUCAAGAUAGCAGUGCUCGUCUGUUUGUGUCCUUCUCGAGUAUCCUGCGGCUGCUAGCAGAUCUGACCGAGAGCAUACGGAGGAAAGCCCUUUCCACAACACCGCGCAUCAACCUCGAAAACGCCGUCUAUCGGUGGGUCAAACAACUACCCGUUGAGUUUCACCUAUUCGGCAGAGCACCAAAAUGUCUGAUGCCCUAUAACUUCGAAGCUAGACAACUACCCGUCCCUUACUUCGUGACACUUGUGAUAUUGUCUCGACGGUCAGGUGCACAAAGUCGAUCGGAUAGUGCGUCUCUGCUCGCAUCUUCCUUUGUAGUUGGGAUAUUCGAGGACUUUCUGAACAGGGACGAGCUUUGCCAUUGCGGGCCAGUAUCCACGUUCUAUGCUCUUGCCGCUGGACUGGCUCAACUACCAGGACUUCGCUAUACGUCGCUUAUGGUAACCUCAGAAGAAUCACUGAACAUUAUCCAGUUGUCGCUCAAGGACCUCAGCAAGAAAUGGGGUUCCGCAGACGGUGCAUCAGCAGCGCUAGCCGCGAUGAAAAGGCUCACGCUUCAGAGCCCAAGUCUCGGCCAAGCUCCAUCUCCUGUCUCGGCAGACUUCAUGUCGUUCUUGGACGAUUUCGGUCCAGAGCUGUGUAAAUAA